AUGAACGCUGGAGUACGACCAAGCGGUAUAAAUCCGAUUUGCGGUAUGAACUCGUGGAAAACAUUUGGUUUACCUUCAAUGUUGUAUGGCUCUGAGGUUUGGUCAACGCAAACAAUCACUGAGUUAGAUCCGCUUAACCGAGCUGGAGCGUUUGCAGCUAAAAGGCUACAAGGUCUUACGCCAACAACAGCUUCAGCAGGUGCCUUGGGAACAGUUGGCUUGUGGUCGAUUACUGGGUUUAUUGAUAAGAAGUAA